UCUGCGCUCCCCCGCCCUGCUUCCGGAGCGAGGAUGCAGACUCUGAAACUGGCGCUGCUGGGCUGAGGUGGAGGCAGGGGAGUUGCAGCGCGAGGCUCCGUGAGUGUGUCUCCUGAGCGCCGAGAGGCGGGGGAGGCGAAGGACCGGGAGGAGGAGGAGGAGAAGGAGAAGGAGGGGGAGAAUGCCCGGAGCCGCCGCCGCGAUGCUGCCGGCCCAGGAGGCUGCGAAGCUGUACCACACCAACUAUGUGCGGAACUCGCGGGCCAUCGGCGUGCUGUGGGCCAUCUUCACCGUUUGCUUUGCCAUCGUCAACGUGGUGUGCUUCAUCCAGCCCUACUGGAUUGGCGACGGCGUGGACACCCCGCAAGCCGGUUAUUUCGGGCUCUUCCACUACUGCAUCGGUAACGGCUUCUCCCGGGAGCUGACCUGCAGGGGCAGCUUCACAGACUUCUCCACGCUGCCCUCGGGCGCCUUCAAAGCCGCCUCCUUCUUCAUCGGCCUCUCCAUGAUGCUCAUCAUCGCCUGCAUCAUAUGCUUUACCCUCUUCUUUUUCUGCAACACGGCGACCGUGUACAAGAUCUGUGCCUGGAUGCAGCUCACCUCCGAGAGGACUGUCCAUGAUGCAUUAUCUGCUUAUAAACAAUUUAUAAUGAAGAAAAGGAAACAAAUCAAGAAAACUACCCUGAUGUAUUUAUGAAAAGAGUGACACCUCCUCAAGAAGACUUUAAGGACUUCUGCCAAGAUGGAGGCGUAGGUGGACCCACCUUGCUUCCGUGCACAACCAAAUCUAAGAACAACUAUUUUUAACAACGAUAAACACAACCAGACCACACAGAAAAUUGACAAUACGGAGUCCGAAAAAAAGGACGAAAUGCUCGGCUAAACGGGUAAGCCAGCCGCGAAGCCGGUUGACCAAAAAGAUCCCUGAGCUGGUGGCACACAAGCAGCCGAAGGCACAGAUCGUGGGCUAGCUACUGGCGCACACAGGGAAGAGGCGCAGCUGGCUGUCUGCAGUAGG